AUGACUUGUGAUCUUAUUUAUCAAUGGUUAUUUAAUGAUAAAAAAAUUCUUCAUUUUCCAAAUCUUAAAUCACUUAUUCUUAUUGAAUAUCAAAAAUCCAUCGAACCAAUAUUUCAAUGUUUAUUUCAUCUUAUUGAAAACCAAUUAGAUGAACUUGCAUUAACAUUUAAUGGGAUAAUUUUCACAGGCCGCAGAAAACAAAAAAUGACCAUGAUGAAAAAGCUUAUUUGUCAACUAUUCUCUUCUCAAUGUCACUUAACAUCUCUUCGACUUGAUAUUAGCCACUGGUUUAUACAUGAUGAUAUUCAUCAAUGUUUAACAUCUGAUUCUAUUCAAUAUAAACAUCAAUCUUUUUGUCUGACUCUUCGUCGUUUAUAUCUUCGACUUAGAUAUACACGAUUUCUUGAAGAUCUUAUUGAGCAUGUGCCUAAUCUCGAACAAAUAUCGGUUCAAUUUGAUAUUUCAUUGAAAUUCGAUUUAUUAUGGAAAUCGAAUAUUGAAAUAAUGAAACAAUCAAAUGAAAAUUGGUUUAAUAAAUUACCAAAGCUAAGAUAUUUUAGUUUAAAGACUUUCAUUGAAGGUGAUUGCGAAUUUAUUUAUUUGAAAUGGCUUCUCAAUAAUUUAAAUUAUGUUAAAAAACUUCAACUUUAUCUAGCAAAUUAUGAACUCGACAUAAGAGAAUCUCAAAAUAUAUGGAAAUCUUUUAUUGAUGCAAAUUUUAUUCGUCAAUAUUGUUUACCUGAUAGAAUAAAUAAUUUACUUGAUUUUGAUUUUUAUAUUUGUUCAUACAGUCAAUUAUCAUUAAAUGACAUAGAACAAACAACAAAUUCAUUUAAAAAUCAUUCGUUUUUUCUUGCUCAUCAAUGGACAAAUGUUAAAUAUUUUUUUGAUCCAAUACUGUCAUGUCAACAUAUUUUCUCUUGUUUCACAAAUCCAUUUCAUUUUUCUCGUAAUCUUAUUAAAUAUCCAAAUAUUAUCAAUUGGCCACAUAUGGAUAAUAUAUGGUACCGGUUACAUCCAUCACUAUACUUAGUUCUUCAAGGAUUUAACCAAUUAACUCCUAAUGUUUCUUCUAUCAAAGUGCACGCAAGUAAAUAG